UAACUAUGUAAUGUAUGAAAGCCUUCGUCCAACGUUGUACAAUACAGAAAACAAAUCUUCAACAAACAGCUCCUGCAGAAUUCCCCAUUACACAGACACAGAACCUACCCGUGAUCCCUGUUGACCCAUCAUCGCGCCUGCCCCCUAGAGCAAGGGACUCCGGUUCCCCCACGUUAUUACCCAACGGCGUUGUCUCAUUUCAAAUCACGCCCUUUCGUGUCCUUCUCGCUCACGCAAUCACGUGAACCAAUCUCCCCACCUCAUCAUCAAGGUAAUGCACCGCGUCCAUCUUAUCACCAUCCGCCAAUCCUCACUCGCAGCAAUGGCAACGCGUCGUUCCAGCCGUUUGAGCGCGGCGAGCAAUCUUGUGCCCAAAAAUGAGGCUCCUGCGGCCGUCGUGGCACCGCCUAAGAACUCGAGGAAGCGCAAAACCCCAACCGCUACCACCACCUCGACCGAUGAUGAACCCACCUUACCUCCCCCUUCGACGCCAAAACGCAAGACCGCUCGCACCACAGCUCCCCACCCCCCGUCUACUCCAGCAGGAAUCAACGAAAUGGCCGGCGCCUCGCGCCCCCUCGAAACCCUGCACCCACCUCACGCAGCGCUCGACCGACUCGCCGACCCAUUCGGCACCAACGCAGCUGUGAUAUCUCCCCUAACAUCGCGGUUAUUCGCUGCGAAAGCUACGGUUGAUGCGUCGCCCGUUAAGGGGUUUGCAGGUCGAUUAGGGGAAGGGACGGGGCUGGGGCCGGGGGGAGGGAGGUUGACGACGGGGAAUAUCCUACAACAGGCGCUUGAUCAUUUGGUCAAGGUUGAGCCGAAGUUGAAGAUUGUGGUUGAGAAGCAUCAUUGUAAGGUUUUUUCGAGGGAGGGGUUGGCGGAGGUGGUUGAUCCGUUUGUGAAUUUGACGAGUGGGAUUAUUGGACAGCAGGUCUCCGGCGCAGCGGCAAAGAGUAUCAAAGCCCGCUUCGUCGCCCUCUUCAACGCCACCGAACCCGACGCCUCCCUCCACGUCUUCCCCACCCCCUUAGCCGUCUCCACCACCUCCCUCGAAACGCUACGCACAGCAGGCCUCUCGCAGCGCAAAGCGGAGUACAUCCAAGGCCUUGCCGAGAAAUUCGCGAGCGGGGAGCUGACGGCGGAGAUGCUGGUGGAGGGGGCGUAUGAGGAGGUGUUUGAGAAGUUGAUUGCGGUGAGGGGGCUGGGGAAGUGGUCGGUGGAGAUGUUUGCUUGUUUUGGGUUGAAGAGGUUGGAUGUUUUUUCGACGGGGGAUUUGGGGGUGCAGAGAGGCAUGGCAUCCCUCGCCGGCCGGGACAUCUCGAAACUCAAAGCCAAGGGAGGGGGGAAGUGGAAAUACAUGUCCGAAAAAGAUAUGCUAGAGAUGGCCGAGAAAUUCGCGCCGUAUAGGAGCGUGUUUAUGUGGUAUAUGUGGAGAGUAGAGGAUGUCGAUACUGCCGUGCUUGAAUGAUUAGUGUUUUAGGUGGCUGACGACUGUCUGUGUUUGAUAGAUGUUUUAGGUGGCUGACUGACGACUUAUGUGUGGUUUUUGAUACGAUACCCUGAAAUAUUAUAAAUCCCCCAAAAAUAUAUAUAUAUGUGUGUGUUUUAGGGGUUUGGGUAUGUGGUUUACUUACGUAUUUUUUUGCUCAGGGAGCGAUAUGUAUGGUAAGAGCAGUUGGAUGUCUAGUCACCGGUGUGUAAAACGUAUAAAAAAAGUAAAUAAAAACUUGA